AUGUCUGAAAAGCUGGAAGCCUCAUCCACUGUUGUCGCCAAAACCUUGCACCCUGUGUAUACUGUGGCCAAUAUUCAACACAAGGUCAGGGUUCUCGAUGGCUUGAAGGUCUCCUACUCAUCAUGGGUUAAGUUAUUCCAGCUUCAUGCCAAGGGCUAUAAAGUCAUGGCACAUAUUGAUGGUACGAAACCUCCUGCCGAAACCGAUCCAGAGUAUGAAUCAUGGUCCGAAAUCGAUGCAAUCGUCCUGCAAUGGAUUUAUGGGACACUAUCUGAUGACCUGCUGACUCGUGUCCUUGAAACUCAGUCUACGGCUCGUGAAGCUUGGUGUUGCAUUCAGACCAUAUUCCUCAAUAAUAAAGGUUCAAGGGCUGCAGCCCUUGAACACGAGUUCAACAAUCUCACUCUGAAAGCCAUGCCAUCCCUCGAAGCAUAUUGUCAAAAGCUCAAGGAACUAGGUGAUAGACUUAAUGAUGUGGACUGCCCUGUCAACAAUCAAUGA